CAUGAACAAGUGUGAAUUCUGGGAUGAGAGUGAGUCUUUAGCGAAGUUAGUGGAGCUGUGAGUUCCACUGGACUGCUGGUGGAUGGCAGCGCUGCAGAGGACACAGAUGUGCUUCACUGGGACGGCUGUCGGCACUGUCCGGCACAGGACCGGGCCUACAUGGGUCACUCUCUUUGUGCUUUACUCAGGCUGGCUCUGCCUCUUGACCAAGGCACAGAUGAAGAUCCCACCAGAAACGGUUCAAAAAUGGGCCAAUAGCCUUUCUGAGCAGUUGAAUGCAGUUGCUUCAAAAUAUUCAGGAGCUGCACUACUACAGAAGAAACUCAAAGAUGUGGAGCCCAUUAUCCGGAUAGAAGAUGUCGAUGGAACUGCCUUGGUCCAGGAGUUUUCAGAUGAAAUCGAGAAAAUGCUGGGAAGCAAAAUGAAGUCUGUUAAGCGGCUGGCAGACACAGCAGAGGAUGCAGAUUUAUAUCACGAGUUUAAUGCAACUUUAGAGUUUGACUACUUCAACUCCAUGCUUGUAAACACAAUGGACGAGGAAGGCAACUACAUUGAACUAGGUGGUGAAUUUCCUUUGGAAGAAAAUGAGCAUUUUAACAAACUCUCAGUCAACACGCUGAUGAGUGACAUUCAAGUCCCAACCAAUGUGUACAACAAAGAUCCAGACAUUCUGAAUGGGGUUUACAUGUCCGAGGCUCUGAAUGACGUCUUCAUCAGUAACUUCCAAAAGGACCCCACGCUCACAUGGCAGUACUUUGGCAGCUCCACUGGUUUCUUCAGACUCUAUCCAGGCAUCAGAUGGACUCCAGACUCAAAUGGAGUGGUUGCCUUUGACUGUAGGAACAGAAACUGGUACAUCCAGGCUGCCACCUCUCCAAAGGACAUCAUCAUAGUGGUGGAUGUCAGUGGCAGCAUGAAGGGGCUCAAACUGACCAUUGCCAAGCACACCAUCAACACCAUCCUGGACACUCUGGGGGAAAAUGACUUCGUCAAUAUUAUUGCAUACACUGAUUACGUCCGCUACGUGGAGCCCUGUUUCAAAGGCACGCUGGUGCAGGCGGACUUGGACAACCGUGAGCAUUUCAAGCUGCUGGUGGAGGAGCUGCAGGUGAAGGGGGAGGGGAAGGUCAAGAAGGCCAUGAAGGAGUCCUUCCGGGUGCUGAAUGAGGCCACAGCGAAUGGACAGGGCAGCCUGUGUAAUCAGGCCAUCAUGCUGAUCACAGAUGGAGCUAUGGAGGACUUCAAGUCUGUGUUUGAGGAGUUCAACUGGCCUGACAAGAAGGUGCGGGUCUUUACUUACCUCAUCGGCCGAGAUAUGACCUUCGCAGAAAACGUGAAGUGGAUCGCUUGUAACAAUAAAGGUUACUACACACAUAUCAACACAUUGGCCGACGUGCAAGAGAAUGUGAUGGAGUAUCUUCAUGUUUUGAGUCGUCCAAUGGUCAUCAACCACGACCACGACAUCAUCUGGACCGAGGCGUACAUGGACAGUGUGCUCUUUAACAGCAUGGCUCAGAGUCUGCUGUUGAUGACCACAGUGGCAAUGCCCGUCUUCAGCAAAAAGAAAGAGACGCUGUCUCACGGCAUUCUGCUGGGAGUGGUGGGGACCGAUGUUCCUCUAUUGGAGGUCAUGAUGCUGGCCCCUCGAUACAAGCUUGGAGCUCAUGGUUAUGCCUUCCUCAUCACGAACAAUGGCUACAUUCUUGCACACCCCGAUUUAAGGCCUCUAUAUAAAGAUGGAAAGAAACUGAAACCCAAACCAAACUACAACAGUGUGGAUCUAUCUGAGGCAGAAUGGGAAGACACUGAAGAGAUAUUGAGAACUGCCAUGGUGAAAGGAGAGACAGGUACCCUGACUUUGGAUGUAAAGACAACUGUAGACAAAGGGAAAAGACCCUUGUUCCUAAAAAAUGAUUAUUUCUACACAACCAUCAAUGACACGCCAUUUAGUUUUGGGAUGGUGCUGACUCGUGGCCAUGGAGAGUACAUCUUCUUUGGAAAUGUGUCUGUUGAAGAGGGCCUUCACGACCUCCAGCAGCCAGACCUUACCAUCGCUGAUGGGUGGACCUACUGUGAAACCGAUAUUGACCCCCAUCAUCGUAAACUCACACAGCUCCAGGCUGUAGUACGGUACCUGACCGGCAAAGAGCCCGAUCUGGAGUGUGAUGAGAUUCUGCUGCAGCAAACUCUGUUUGACGCCGUGGUAACAGCUCCUCUGGAGGCCUACUGGACAGCACUGAUGCUGACCGGUGAUGGUGUGGAGGAUGGGAUGGAGACGGCCUUCCUGGGGACCCGCUCGGGCCUCAUGCGAGUCACCAGAUAUGCUGGCAUUGAGAAGCGAAAGGGAAGGAAGUUCUUGACCAAGGCAGACAAGGAGAACCUUUUCACUGUGGAUCACUUCCCCAUCUGGUACCGUUUGGCAGCUGAAAACAAACCGGGACAGUUCUUGUACUAUGUACCUGAUGACGACAUCAACAAAGGCAAGGACACGGUCAUAGCAGUGACUUCUGUGACCGUGACUGAAGGGAAGAGGACGGCAGUGGCUGGAGCAAUUGGAGUACAAAUGUCUUUGGACCUGCUGGAGAGAAGAUUCUGGGCCACGGCUAAACAGGCGAAUAACACAGAUUGCAGUAAUGUGGAAGGUGUAUGUCCACUCAGCUGUGAAAGUGUUGAAAUUAAUUGUUACCUGGUGGACAACAACGGCUUCACAGUGAUGUCUAAGGACAGAGGGGAUAUUGGAAAGUUCUUUGGAGAAAUAGACGGCUCAGUGAUGGCCCAGCUCCUCAAAUCAGGCUUAUAUAAAAGGGUUGCUCUAUAUGACUACCAGGCCAUGUGUAAGAACAGCCAUCAUCACUCCAGUGGAGCCCGGCCCCUGCUCAGCCCUUUCUAUGGCCUGAUGGCAGCGGUCAAGUGGCUCUUCUCAAACCUCAUGCUGUUUUUGUUGGAGUUCAACAUAUGUGGACUGUGGCAUAAUGACUACUUUGCAGAUGCCAAGUCUACAUACCAUGCUACGCACAGACAGAAGAAGGUGGAGUCCAUGGUGCCCUGCAACACAGAAUACCCUGGAUUCAUCUACGACACCACCAUCAGGGAGACCAACAGCAUUAUCAAAUGUGGUCGCUGUCAAAAGAUGUUUGUGCUUCAGCAGGUUAUGAACAGUAACCUGGUGAUGCUUGUGGUACAAGCGGACUGUGACUGUUCCCGCCAGUUCGCUCCCAUCACCCUCACCCCGAGAGAAGUCAAAUAUAAUGCCACAGUGAAAUGUAACAGGAUGAAGUCCCAGAAGAUCCGCAGACGCCCCGAGUCCUGCCACGCAUACCAUCCUCAUGAAAAUGCAAAGGACUGCGGUGGAGCAUGUGAGAUAUCCAUAUCAGUGGCUCUCUUCUUCAUAUCCCUGGUCACAUCACUGGCUCUUCGCUGAUGAGAAAAGACAAGCAUCCCUCUGCUGUGACUGCUAGGGACCCUGAAUGUCUUAGAUCACUUCCUCAGUGUCUGUGAAACAGCUGGCUUCUGUUUAAGAAGAAUCAUUGGUGAACGGGACAUUAUUAUGGAUCAGCAACAGUGGAUCUGUAGCAUUAGGAAUUCAACCGAAAAUGUCUGUUUUUGCUCUUCCAAGCCAAAUCUGCUUCUCUUGCAGCAGUAGGGAGUUUGAGAACAUGAACUAUUUCAUGAACAUGAACUAUGUGUUCUGGGUGUAUUUCAUAGGUGACUGCAGCUGUGUGAAAGCCUACCAGCUAUUAAACCGUGUGUCACUCAUCAAAAUUCUAGGACCUUGUUCUUCAUAAAGGAAUUAUUAUAAAAGAAUAGAUUUUCUUUCCUUCCAGAGAAAUGGCAAUAAAAGUAGCUGAUUUCAGUUUACACCAGAAAUGUGGUUUUCUUUGAUGGUCUUAAUGCCAGAUUACAGCUUGAACCUUGAGUCACUGAGCCAUUUCAGAAUAACCUCUUACACUAUAAAACACCAACCUGAAACAUAA